AUGUCUUUCCUCUGGUUUGGUGAUAAACAUAGGGGAACACCCGAACAUGCUGCGCUUGCUGAUCCUGAACAGUUUAGAACAAGAACCCAUAAAAAAUUAGAUGCUCCUGAUGUUAUUCUACCUUAUUUGGCGAGAUCGGGUUUUGCAACCGUAGCAAGGAUACCACAUAUCCAUAUAGACACAAGUUUCGUAAUGGCCUUACUCGAAAGAUGGAGACCCGAGACACAUACAUUUCAUUUUCCAACUGGUGAGUGUACCAUAACGUUGGAAGAUGUGAGUAUGUUACUGGGUCUACGUGUCAACGGUAAUGCUGUAGCCGGUCCUACCAAAGUAGACUUGGACUUGUGGGAAGAAUUUUUGGGCGUUCAACCACCACGUACAGCUUUAAAAGGUCGGAUGGUUCUAAUAUCUUGGCUUAAAUCACUGUUAGCUAAUAAUCCAGUAAAUGAAAAUUCAACUGUGGGACACUUAACUACAUACACUAAAAAUGUUAAUCUGCUUUUAAUUGGCUUAUCCUUAAUGCCCGGUAAAACUAGUAAAUAUGUGCAUCUCAUGUGGGUGCCAUUGCUACAAGAUUUGGAUAGAUGCAAUACAUAUAGCUGGGGAUCAGCCGUGUUAGCCUAUCUUUAUAGGGAAAUAUGUAAGUCGGUAAACGUUGAAGUCGAUGGAAUGGGAGGGUGUGUUGAACUGCUCCAAGCUUGGGGAUAUACUCGAUUGGCUUUUUUGGCACCCAUCACUUCGGAGCUACCAUCAUUUCCGUACGCUGCGAGGUUCUUUAUAUGGAGACCAUAUAUCAACUUACCGCCCCUGGAUAAUAACGACCACACAAUUUGGAAUGCAACUGUGCCGAUCAUAUGCUUUUGGAUUGUCGAAUGGCAUCAGUCUGAUAGGGUGAAGUUGCAAUUUGGGUUCCAUCAAGAAGUACCGCCCCCACCACGUUGCCUAAAAGAACACCAUGAAAUGACGAUGAAAGAAUCAUGGAGAACUCCGUAUACUCAAUUGUACCGCAGGGAGCACCAAAAAUGGAGAAACGUGGCCAGACAUUGCCUGACUGGACCUACGGUUGACCCACAUUCGAUGCCAACUAACGACUAUAUGACUUGGUAUAGAUCAUUGCCGUAUACGUACGCUUCUGGAAAUCAAUGGCUUGUUGAUCCACGCACUCAACCUUCCUCCUCCCAAAUGCCGCCUACCCAACCACAAACAUUCAACAUCCCACCAUUCGCACAACCCUCCUCGUCCAACAUAUACGACCAACCAUCCCAAAAUUACCAAACACCACAACAACCACAAUCCUCAUACAAUCCGACCCAACACCAAACUCAGUACACCCCAUUGUAA